UUUUACAGCACUGAUUUUGUGUUUAUUCACUUUCGUGGCAGAAUUUGUUUUAGUUAUUAAACUUGUAUUCCAGACAAAAGCAAUGCAUGAUCCCGUCAAAAAGUCGGCGCACCUGACCGCCGGCUCGACCAGUACGGCGGAAAAGCUGUGCUUCGACAAGAAUGAGUUUAUGAAGGCAAACUUCUCGGUGGACGAGUUCCUGCACAAGAAUCGCAAUGCGCCCAGUCUGGAGCAGCUGCGCGACAACCUGGGACUUUACCUAAAAGGCCUGCGAGCGGCGAUGAUCGAUCUGAUCAACGAAGACUACGCAGACUUUGUAAACCUGAGUGCCAACCUGGUGGGCCUGGAUCAGUCCAUUGAAGCCAUUCAGCGGCCGCUGGAGCAGUUUCGCAGCGACAUCGAGAGCAUCCACGGACUGAUCGACGAGAACGUGACUGAGCUGCGGGUCCAGCUGGAGGAGAAGCGCCAGCUGCGCGAAUAUAAGAGCGGACUGCAGAGCUUGAAGAAGGUCUACGAGACCAUCAGCAAACUCCAGGACCUCAUCGACCGGAAGUUUAGCGGAGAGCAGCCCAUCAAGGCCGUAGACCUGGAGCGGGCUGCCCUGGACUUGAUUCAGUUGCGCUUUCACGAGAAACACUGUUCCAAGCACUUGAUUGCCGAAAAGCAGACCCAGAUCCAGUCGCUGGAAGAGCAGAUGCAUCAGCAUCUGCGCCGCUUCUUCAAUGACGCCCUCAGCCAGGCCCGCAACUCUUCACCGGAGCCGUUGGAGCGCUGCCUGCGCAUCUAUAUCACACUGAAUGCCUGUGGUCAGGCUGAACGCGUCUUUCGCGAGGAUGUCGUGGCACCCUACAUGACCGGCGUCAUCGGGGAACAGCAGCUGCAGAACUCGCCGCAGGGCCUGGCUGGCAUUUACAGCAAGAUCCUCAAUUUCAUUUCCCUGCACAUGACCGACCUGCUCCGCCUAACGCUCUACUCCGACAAGUUUCCGGGCUUUAACUUUGUGGUGAACAGUUACUGGGCCGAUGUGGAGUCGCGGCUUGAGCUUUACAUGAACUCCAUAUUUGCUCCCGGAAACUCAGAGGUCUUCUAUGUGAAAUAUAAGUGCACCCGCGACUUUCUGAGUAAAAUAGAGGAGCUGUUGACCAGCUCUGGGGAGCAGGCGGUGGUUCUCUAUCGCCAGCACAAGCAAACUAAGAGCUUCGAGGCCCGCUGGAAUCUCCCGGUUUACUUUCAGAUAUGCUUUCAAGAAAUUGCUGGUCAAUUUGAAGCCAAGUUGGAGCCUGUGCUGCAGGACGACACUUUGAAAAACAAUCUCGGUGCAAAGGACUACAAAUUAACGCCUUUUAUUGCCGCCAAGGAGGCCAUGUCACGAUGCUGGGCAGAGGGAGUUUAUUUGCCUGAGGUGUUUCCCAAGUUCUACAAGCUGAAUGUACAGAUAGUGCUCCGUCUUUCCCGUUGGAUCACAGAUGCCAUCGCUGUGUCGAAGAGCACAAACUUCACGAGGUCGUUCACUCGACACCAGUUGCUUAUUGCUUUGCAUGCUGAUAUCCGCAAACUGGACGCUUACCUGCCUGAGCUCCAGCAGUUGAUUGUUCAAUCCGUGCCCGCUGAACAGCGUACAAAGGCAUUCAACGAUGUCCUGGCCAAAUCUAUGGCUGCCUUAGCCGACACACUGGGAGCGCAUUUGACCAGUAUACAAAAGACCUUGGUAGAGCUGCUGAUCGCAGAGUGCGAGACGGAGAAUGUGCGCCAGGUGAACGACUUGCCGCGAUUGUAUCGCAAAACCAAUCGGGAGGUUCCCUCCCGCUGCUCAGGCUACGUGGAGCAAAUGCUUCGGCCUCUCAAGGCUUUUGUCCAGCAGCAUGAAUCCCAGCUGGGUACUCUAGUGGUGGAGCAGAUUCUGUCGGAGGUUGCCAGUGAAAUUACCAAGGCAUAUUUCAAUGUGGUGAGUGAUGUGCUCACAUCAGUGCAGAAAACUGAAGAGUCCUUACGUCGGCUACGGAAUGUUAAAAGUGGCGGAUCCGCCAUGCCGUCAACAGGAAGUUCAGCUGUGAUGUCCGACGAUGACAAGAUUCGCGUCCAACUGCGAGUGGAUGUCACAUCAUGGAAGCAGGAGCUCUGCAAACUGAACUUCCAGGCCACCCAGAUCGAAAAGCUGGUCGAGCUGACCAACAUGGUGGAGGACAGCAUCAAGCUGAAGGACAACAGUGCUUAGACGCUAACAACGAACAGUUAUUAAACAUAUAUACUUCACUUUAUUCUUGUUAAACGAAUUCUAACGAUUCUUUAGGCACGUUUACUGAUUGUUUUAGGACUACGAAUUGUAUAUAAUAUAUAUAGGCAUAUAUGUAUAUCAUA